GAAUCAGUCAGUGGGUCUUACCAGAAGGUAUUGUCCUGCUUCUUCAUCUGAUUUUCUUGGUAAAACGGAUUUUUUCUGAGUGGUUCGAUGCAUUAGAUAUCAACUUGAGAGUUCUUGUCCCAAACUGUCAGCGUGACAGCAGGGCUUUGGCAGAUGCUGGAAACUACUGUGAAGCAAUGCCAUUGUUAUUAAGAACCACUUGUAUUUAUCUAAUGUACAUGCAGAGCUGUGUGUGGGAUUUGAAGGUCAGAAUCCCUUGGACCUCGUAAUUAAUAAUUAUUUUUGGCAAAAAGGAGGGAAGGGAAAGAGGGGCAAACUAAUGCACCUGGAUCUCCAGAUGUUUUUGAGUGCUUUAAAGCAGGAAAGGUAUCAAACAUUACAUCAUUCCUUAACUGUCCCUCCUCCACAGGAAAAUCUGUGCAGAAAAACCACUUGAAUGUGAACACAGAUGUCGUCCCGUACUGGGGAGGAUGUGGUUUGAGUAGCCCUCUGGCCUGAACAUGAUUUCAAUUGAGCGUGUAAUUUUUGGGUUGCCCCGUGGAGGGAGGAGCACUCCGUCCUCCUGUGCCUCUGCCUCCUGUUUGCAAGCAGCUUUACCAGAUGCCUUACUGGCAGACCUGGAAUCCACCACCUCACAUAUCUCCAAACGGCCAGUGUUUCUAACAGAGGAAACGCCUUACUCCUAUCCAACUGGAAACCACACGUACCAGGAGAUUGCCGUGCCGCCUCCGGUGCCCCCACCACCUUCCAAUGAGGCCCUGAAUGGCACUGUGAUCGACCCCUUAGACCAGUGGCAGCCCAGCGUAUCCAGAUACACCCACCAGCAACCUCAGUCCCAGUCUCCUAUAUACAGCUCUAGUGCCAAAAGCUCCAGUGCCUCCAUUCCUAGAGACGGGCUCAGCUCUCCUUCUCCCCGUGCCAGUGAAGAGGAGCACGUCUACAGUUUCCCGAACAAGCAGAAGUCUGCAGAACCAUCUCCCACAAUGACCAGCUCCUCUCUGGGCAGCAACCUCUCAGAGCUCGACAGACUUCUCCUGGAACUGAAUGCUGUUCAGCAUAAUCCUGCCGGUGGCUUCCCAGCAGAUGAAGCCAGCAGAAGCCCAUCGCUGCCUAGCGUGACUGGACCUCACUAUGUUGUCCCAGAGGGAAGCAGCUCAGUGGGAGGGAAGGCUGCACCCCCUACAAAAGAAAAGCCAAAGCGGAAUGGUGCGCGUGGGAUUGAAGAUGUGCGUCCCAGUGUGGAGAGCCUGCUGGAUGAGCUGGAGAGCUCUGUGCCAAGCCCAGUCCCUGCAAUCACUGUGAGCCAGGGUGAGGUGAGCAGCCCCCAGCGGGUCACUGCCAGUCAGCAGCAGACCCGCAUAUCUGCUUCUUCAGCUACACGAGAACUGGAUGAGCUGAUGGCAUCUCUCUCUGACUUUAAGACUAGUUCCACUAUGUCUCUGAUUUCUGAACCCUCCCUAGAAUCGGUUCCCAGUUCAGCAAAUGCAGACUCCAGCAACACUCCUCACAGUUUAACAGCACUGUCCCAUUCCACACACCCUUCUGCAAGUUACAGGGGGAACUCAGCAGCACCAGUAUCUGCCCCCUCGGCAGUCAGAGAGGGAGGCACUAACACUGCAGUUCUGCCUCCUCCAGGGCAUUCUGCUGCUCCUCCACGUAUGCCCUGUUUGCCAGAAACAGCCCCUGUGCCCCCACCACGAGUCUUUUCUGGUUCUGCUACUCGUGGGGAGCAGAUGACCUCUGCAAGCUUGGUUCAGCUGCGCAGAAAACCUGACUCUUCUAGAAACGUUUUCCAGGCUGUGCCAGCUUCCAGUGUGGAGCUUCUGUGUACGUCAGGUCAUGUGGAGGCACAGGGCUUGGAGAACGAUUCGGCAAAAGAGACUGAGAAGAAGGAGCAGAGAACUGACCUCAGAAUCUCAAGUGUACCAAUUUCAAAUGCUUCAAAUGGUCGAGGGAAGGGGCAGACACCUAAAGAGCUGGCUCAGCAGGGAGCAUUCAGGGACAACUCAGCCCUUCCUUCCCAGGGCAGAGAUGUGGAAAUGGCUUUAGAUGAGCUGUGGGCCCUGGAGCUGCCAGCACAUGUGCCAGAGAUACAUGCAGAGAGUGACAGCAUUUUGAAUCCUGUCUAUGAGCCUUCGGUUGUGGCCCUAGAUCGGUGGGAUGUUUUCCCAGACACUAAAAAACAGUCGGGCCUUGUAGUGGAGCAAGGACAGGAGCUAAAAGCUGAAGUACUGCGCGAAACCAAGGUCAGUGGCUGUCCUGAUCUGGUCAAGAAGAGGCAAGGCAGGGAGAGAACUCCUAGGAUGACUGGUACUGCUGACGUGAACAAAGCUGGAGGAGACCAGGAAAAUGAGUCAUUAAGAAGCUCUGCAGUGACUCCAGAAUCUCCUGAAAACGUCUGGAAAGCUGAGUGGGAUCUGCCAUGCGUCUCCAAACCACCCAUUGAGCGGAUUUCUGCAUCAGGCCAGAUUAAAUCUUUAAUCAAGAGGACUAAAGAGACUUCGAAUGUGCAUCCAAUGUAUCGUGACCUCUCUCCAAGGCGUAAGCUAGGUCCUGCCAUAUUUCACAAGACUGAGUCCCAAGAUCGCUUGGUUGAAGAGCUGCAGGACAGAUUGGGCAUCGCUAAACAGGAGCAGGAGCAGGAAGAACGGAAAGGCCAGGAUGACUGGCUGACAGAAGGGGUCAUUAUCACCGCCAGGCCCCAGGGGGAAGAGCAGAAUGGUGGACAGCAAGUAGAGAAGGUGGUUUUUCCUCCUGAAUCCCCACUCCCCCCAAGGAGGACGGUCUCAGUUCCAGCCUCUCCCCAGCUCCAGCCUUCCAAAGAAGCCACAAAGACCGUUGCUGCUAGUGCUGCGUCCUCUCUUUUCUCUGGUCCUGCACCUCUCCUCUCACUCCCACCUCAGCAUUCCCAUGUGCCAUCUACCCCAGCUACUAGUCCAGUCUCCUCCUCUUCCUUCAACUUGGCUCCCCAGCCUCUCUUCCAGUGGGAAGUUUCUGAUGAUGAUUAUCAUGAGCUUUCUGUUGUGGACACCCCUCCUUCGGAAGAUCACAGGCACCCGUGUUCUCCCCAGACCUGGAACCCUAGCGCCAGGACAGUUGUUUCUGUUGGCUGUCAGACUGAAGAUGAUGCUUUCUUCCCACAGGUGACCUCCGCUGCUCCCCUCGUCCACAGUGCCAGUCUGCUGGCUGCUCCUGCACCCCUGGCCUCCGCCCCUGCAAAGUUCAUGGCACAGGGGAAAGCCGGGAGCAGCUCCCCUCCAUCCACAGCUUCCAAGCCAGGCAGUCAGCUGGACACCAUGCUGGGAAGUCUCCAGUCUGACCUGAACAAGCUGGGUGUCGCUACCGUCGCCAAAGGGGUCUGCGGAGCCUGCAAGAAGCCAAUCGCUGGGCAGGUAGUUACAGCCAUGGGGAAAACCUGGCACCCUGAACACUUCGUCUGCACCCACUGCCAGGAGGAGAUCGGGUCACGUAACUUCUUUGAGCGGGAUGGUCAGCCCUACUGCGAGAAGGACUAUCACAACCUCUUCUCCCCUCGCUGCUACUACUGCAAUGGACCGAUCCUUGAUAAAGUGGUGACGGCUUUGGACAGGACAUGGCACCCUGAACACUUUUUCUGUGCCCAGUGUGGAGCUUUCUUUGGACCUGAAGGAUUUCAUGAGAAGGAUGGAAAAGCCUAUUGCCGCAAGGAUUACUUUGACAUGUUUGCUCCCAAGUGUGGAGGCUGUGCUCGGGCUAUCCUGGAAAACUACAUCUCUGCCUUGAACACGCUGUGGCACCCUGAGUGCUUUGUCUGUCGGGAAUGUUUCACGCCGUUCGUCAAUGGCAGCUUCUUUGAGCAUGACGGGCAGCCCUACUGUGAGGUGCAUUACCACGAGCGGCGUGGCUCGCUCUGCUCCGGUUGCCAGAAGCCUAUCACAGGACGCUGCAUCACUGCUAUGGGCAAGAAAUUUCACCCCGAACACUUUGUCUGUGCCUUCUGCCUCAAGCAGCUCAACAAAGGAACCUUCAAAGAACAGAACGACAAGCCCUACUGCCAGAACUGCUUUCUCAAGCUCUUCUGUUAGAGGCAUCAUAGAUGGGCGCUAAGCAUCUUUCUGCCACCCCUCGGCAGUUCUGUCUCUCUGAACGUUACUGUGAUUUAGAACCCUUACCAGGCCGGGGAGGAGG